CUCAGAACAGCAAGUGCAGACACACCACCUUGAGAAGAGGAUGAUUGUAUACAGAGCUCUGAUUCUGGGGGCCCUCACCCUGGCCUUCCUGAUGAGCCUCUGUGGAGGUGAAGAAAUUGUAGCUGACCAUGUUGCCUCCUACGGCACAAAUGUCUACCAGACUUAUCAUGCCUCGGGCCAGUACACCCAUGAAUUUGAUGGAGAUGAAGAAUUCUACGUGGACCUGCAGAAGGAGGAGACUGUCUGGCAGCUGCCCAUGUUUAGCCAAUUUAGACGUUAUGACCCACAGGGUGCACUGAGGAACAUAGAAAUACUAAAACACAACUUGGAUAUCUGGGUUAAACGUUCCAACUCUACUGCUGCUCGCAAUAAGGUUCCCGAGGUGACUGUGUUCCCCAAGUCUCCUGUGGCACUGGGUCAGCCCAACACCCUCAUCUGUCAUGUAGACAACAUCUUCCCUCCUGUGAUCAAUAUCACAUGGUUGAUCAAUGGACACUCAGUCACAGAAGGUGUGUCUGAGACCAGCUUCCUCACCAAGAGUGAUCAUGCCUUCUUCAAGACAAGUUACCUCACCUUCAUCCCUUCUGCUGAUGAUGUUUUUGACUGCAAGGUGGAGCACUGGGGCCUGGAGGAGCCACUCCUGAAACACUGGGAACCUGAGAUUCCAACCCCAAUGUCAGAACUGACAGAGACUGUGGUCUGUGCCCUCGGGUUGACUGUGGGCCUCGUGGGCAUCGUGGUGGGUACCACCUUUAUUAUCCAAGGCCUGCGCUCGGGUGAUUCCUCCAGACACCAAGGGCCCUUGUGAGAUCCACCCUGGGAAGAAAGGUACACCGCCCAUCUAUGAGAGCAGCAGAGUGGACAUCCUAGGUGACCACGCACUAUUUUCUGGCCCGGCUCGUCAUAUUCAUUCUUUCCUCCAAUGCCCCUUCUCUUACCUCUUCCCUGGGUCUUAAGGUGCUGUAUCCCUGCAGAGCUCACUUAACCCCAGAGUGUUGAUUUUUUUUUUUAAUUCAAUUAUUAACUACUAUGGAUUCCUUGGAUAUUCCACCCAUACAGCUCCUCAGUGCCCCUGACAUAUAUCUCCAUGAAAGUAAUAAACUUCUCUUUUAUGAGGUUUUGGUAGAAAAUUUUCCUCUUUCAUCACAUUGCUAACUAGGAUCAUGACCCCUUAUGUUUCAAGCCCAUUUAGUCUCACUUCCCAGCUCAUUUUUCAUGCCCAACAGCAAAGGAAUAACCAGGUGUAGACUGAUAAUAUUUAGAUAUCUUAACUGAGGUUAAUAUUUCUCCAUUCCCUGUGUUUCCAUCCUGGAACCACUGCCUUCCAUGCCAUUUAUUCAAGCAUCAAGGAAAGUAAUGCAUACCCUCUGCCCUUAGUGCAUAUUUGUUAGAACAGAAAUAUAAAAAUGAAGAAA